UGUAGAUGUGGCAGCGUGGCAGGGUGGAGGGGCCUGGCGGGUAUCUGUAGAGUCGGCACCAUAACACACAGAUGUCGACGGCUGGAGUUUGAUUCCUACUUCAUCACCCUAUUUUGGCCCCCGGUGCCACGUAACCCGACAGUCAUGGCGCGGUGAGGUGGAUAAUGAAGUGAGGGCAGGUUGUGUUGUGGCACACCAUCAUGGACCACUUGUCCCCUUCAUCAGGGGUCAAUUGGUACACCAGUUAUAAUGGUUUUGGGGAAUUGCUGGCAUGUUCCCAGCUUCCUCCUCUUGAAUUGGGUGGGGUGGAUGUUGGGAGACAGUUAACCCCCCAGGUGCAUAUGCAGUAUGCAGUGUCACAGUUAUCGGCUGGGGGUGUGCACUAUGUACAGGAUCAUCGUAGUCUUCACAAUUCGAAUGUUGAAGAAACCCAUGCUAAUCAGGAUGAAUUGAUACAGCACCUGGAAUCUCAUACCGAUCGCCGUGUACGUCCAGCUUUAGGAGAGAAAAUCGCUUGUAAUGUGUGCAGUGCAACAUUUGCAUGUGGAGCAAAUCUUAGAAAUCACAUGAGGAUACAUACUGGUGAAAGACCGUAUAUGUGUGAGGAAUGUGGGGCUUCUUUCACUCAGCGUUCAAAUUUGCGUAGUCAUAAGCGAGUCCAUACCGGUGAACGCCCAUACAUGUGUGGGAUUUGUGGACAGACAUUUGCUCGCUCAUCACAUCUUCCAGGACACAUGCGAACUCACACAGGAGAAAAACCUUUUAAUUGUCCUUGGUGUAAUCGUUCUUUUGCUACUAAUCAAAUAAUGAAAAAUCACAUGAGGACUCAUACAGGGGAAAGACCUUUUGUGUGUGAUGUUUGUUAUGCUACAUUUGCUCAGAGUUCAUGCUUAGCUACUCAUAAGAAAAUUCACACUGGUGAACGCAAUUUUAAGUGUGGGCAGUGUGGGAAAGCGUUUAUAUCUAGAUCAGGGUUACAAACACAUGAACGUGUUCACACAGGAGAAAAGCCUUAUACAUGUGAAAAAUGUGAUAAAUCCUUCAAGACUUCAUCGUAUCUUUCUAAACAUAAGCUGAAAUACUGUGGUAACAAUGGAUACAAGAAUAGAGUUCGGCAACCCGAUGCAAAAAAGCCAGGUCGAAAGUCUGCAAAUAAUAGAAAGAUGAGGAAAUCACGAAAAUCUGUAAAACCACAUGGAAGGCCACAGAAGAGAGGUAAAGCAAAGAAAUUACGGCAUACUAAAAGGUGCAGGCAUAGUGAAUCUCAAGUCGAAUAUGAGGAAGAAUUACCAGUUGGUGAGCACUUUGGUACAGCUACCCCUUGUGAAAUAGAAGAUGUGCAGGUAAAGCAAGAAAGACAUGAUUCGGAAGAAAGUUCCAAAUUCAGAACUCUACGUAAAAGUGCAAGUGCACACAACACGCGACAAUAUAAUGUCAAAGAUAAAGAUAGCCUUGCAUUGUCUUGUCAUGAGAGAGUGAGAUUAUCAGUUAAUAACAGUGAACUGUGUAAGGAUGGCUCAGCGGCUGAUGAGAACCUUGAAAAAAAUUGCUUUAGUCCCUCCGAAUCUUAUUCACAAAUUUUACACAUACAUCAACAAGUUUCUGAAAUUCAUCAAGAAGUAGCAGAAGCCGACCUGAAAGAAAAUUCAAAUUCCGAGUUACAUGAGAGUACAAAGUGUGGUGCAGAAAUUGCAAAUUUACUUUUCAGGGAUAUUCAUCAUGAGGUCACAGACGCUAUCCCACAGGUCUCAACUAUAUUGACUUCCAAAGCUCAUCAAGAAACAUUUGUACCUAAAAAUGGCUCAACUGCCUGGUAUUUCAGAAGCUAUAUGUGAUCAUGUCUCAUAUUUGAUGCUCAAAUUAUAUAUAUAUAUAUUUUCUUAUAUUUGUCUUUUUUUAUUAUAUGCUGUACCAGUAUGUAAAUUGUAUUUUGAUAGUUCCAAUUUAAGAAAGCAUUUUACUUAAUAUUUUUGUAUAGGCUUACAACACUUUCUAACAUUAAAAAGUAUUAAAAAUGGAUUACAUGUCUAUAGUCUAAUUUACAAUUAAAUACUGUACUGUACAUUAGUAGAAAAACUUAACUAUUAUGACAAAAAUGGAAAACUGAUGCGUGGAAAAAUGAAAACAAUAAUCAUACAUAAGCCUAAUCUAUAUGCCCUCUACUGUAUUAGGCCUAUGUUAAGCCAAUUCCAUUUUCUGGGACGAGCCUCCGAGCCUCACCCAGAAAGUGGCGUUUCAUUACAUUCAACACUGUUUUUUUUUAUGUUUAAUUUGUUUUUAAUUUUCAAUGUUUUUCUUUAUUUUUGCUCAUCAAUUUUGAUAUCUUUUAUGUUUUUAAUUAAUUGCAAAAUAGACUAUGAACAUAGUCAUUUUUAGUACUUACUGAUGUUAGAACUUGUCGCAAAGUUAAAAUGUACGUGCCUUUUAGUAUUUAAAGUACAGGUAUUAUGGUUUUAGAAAUUGUUUGGUGGGACCUUCAAAGAAUAAUGAUAAUUGCACCAAUAUAGUACAAUGGUAAGAAAGCAUAGCUGCAGCAAUAUUUUGAGGGCAUUGUAGGGUCAUUCCUGUUGAAGUGACAACAAUGAAUUAUGUAAAAUAAUAAUAAUUUUGCUGAAAUUAAGCACAUGUAUAGGAAUAUUAGAGAAAUGCGUAUAACCAGAGUUGGAAUUCACUGUCACUUCCCGUGUUCAAGAUAAUUGUCUGGAGUUGGAUCUAACCUCAGAAAUAGUUUGAAAUUAACAGUGCAUAACUUUUUUUAACUUAACACUUUCGCUCGUUAACGACGCAGUAUGGGGUCAAAAAUUUAGUAGAUGAACGUUCGGUAAUGAUGCAGUAUGGCUUCAAAAAUUGAAAAAUUUGGUCAGCUUUCGGCUUGACUUUGUGAAAGUCAUGCCGCGGUUUUGGACUUUAUUUCCAUAUACUCCUGUAGGGAAUUUUAUUAUGAACACAUUGAUACCAAAAUGAAAGAUCUAGGACAAGAAUUGAGGUAACAAAGUUGAAAAGAGAAUACACAUUUAAGUGCUCUUGAGAGCUCACCGCUAAUGCGCUGUCACUUUCUGCAUUUGCUGCGGGUGGUAUGCCACAAUUUAUAUGCUUUAUAUGGAUAUACUCCUGUGGGGAAUUCUAUUGCGAACACAUUGAUACCAAAAUGAAAGACCUAGGACGAGAAUUGAGGUGACAAAGUUGAAAAAGAGUACAGUAUAUACAUUUUAUUGCUCUUGAGCGCUCACGGCUAACACGAAUGUCACUUUCUCUGUUUGCUGCGGGUGGUACACUGUGCUUUUGGACUUUAUAUGCAUAUACUCCUGUAUGGAAUUUUAUUGCAAACACAUUGAUACCAAAAUGAAAGUCCUUGGAUGAGAAUUGGCAUGACAAAAUUGAAAAAAGAGUGAAAAUCAAGAAUAAAAUAACGCAAGCUCCCGUGGAAUGCGUGGGGCACUUUGGGGUGGUCUGGUGCUUGCUCACCCCAUGAGCAAAAGUGUUAAAAAGAUGUGCCUGAGCUAAUUUUUAAGAACUUUGGCAAAUAAUUUCCCAUUGUUUGAAACAGGAAGCCUGUACUUUGGUUUAUUGACUUCCCCGCCCCCUUUGGCUUAUUGACUUCCCCUCCCCCUUUGGCCAACUAUUUGACCUUCCACAGGAUGCGACUCACAACAAUUGCAGAAAAGAAAAGGUGUCACGUAAAAUAUGGCCCCUCCUCCUUCCUGAUAAUGGUAGCCCAGGCAAUUCCCCCGUUUCGAGUUUCCAGCAGUGUAUUCCUAAUCAUCGGUACUGUUACGCAUCAGGCUUAGGUCGGCUCACAGUCGAAAUUGAUAAAAAAAAAAAGAGAACCUGAACACUAUCGCAUGCCCAGCGCAUGGCCCCCUCGCACCUCAAGAUAGGCGGAGCGUUGAGCGUGAACUCAUCACCACAUAUAUAUGAUUAUACUGUACUCUUUUUCUGCUUUGUGACCUGUAUUUUUUGCUACAUUGUUUAAUUUGGUAUCAAAUUGUUUGCAAUAGAAUGCUCUAAUGGAAUAUUUGCAUAUAAGAACAUAUAAGUCUCGCUUUUCUAUACUUUAAACCCGCUGCGCACUGCCAGGUAGUCUGUGCGUUCCAUGUGAGCUCAACACCACAUUCAAAUGUUUAUACUGCUCUGAUCAGCUUUAUGAGGUCAAUUUUCAUGCUACGUCGUUCAACCUGGUAUCAAAUUGUUCUCAAUAAAAUGCCCUAAAGGAAUAUUUGGGUAUAAAAACAAAUAUUAGAACAACAUUUCCAAUAAUAUAAGAUAAAGUUCAUCAUCAUGUGAACAACACCCGCUUUUCUUCGAUGUUUCCAGUCAUUAUUCAUUUCCGACAUUCCCGACCGCGGGGUGGGGAUGCCACGCGGGAUAUAUACAAAGCAUAGGAAGAUGUUGGUGCACAUUUUAAAGCAAGUCCUACAGUAUUCGGACAAUAAAUGGGUUUUUUAUAAAUUUUUAAAUAUUUGACGCCGUUUGCGUCAUUGGGCCUACUCCGUAUUUUGGUUUUAUGAAGUCGACACUGUCAUCGGGCUGCGAAAGUGUUGAUUCCCGAGGGACCUAUUUUACUGCUAGGUGAACAAAGCAUCAGGUGAAAGGAAAUGGGCCCAUCCAUUUGUGUCCUGCUCAGGAACUGGAACUAUGUCUCUCUGUUAUGAGCCAAGUGCAUACACCACUUUGCUUAGGUCUUUUAUGAAAAUUAAAUUUUUGUUUUUCUUAAUACGAUCUCAGCCAAAGGAAUCUGAUUUUCUUCACAUUCCAUACAUAUUCAGACAUAUUGAUAGUAGAAUGGGCAUUAUGGUAGAAAGGAAGCUAUGAAUAUAUUUUGACCUGCAAAAAAUCAGAUUUAGAACAACAUUUAAAUGAAUGAGAUGAACAUUGCAUUAUUUGAUAUUUUGUAUACUAUGACUAAAAUAUAAAUAUAGAUUCUAUAUUAGCUUCUAAAUACUUGAAUUAACUAUAUACAUAUGGUGUAUAUACAAAUUAUGCUACAGAGUAAGUUGUAUCAAUUUGCAUGGUGCUUUUUGUAACAUUGUAACAUCACUAUACUGCACUGUAUCAAUGGAACCAAGACUGCCAUAUAUAGCGUACAUGUACUUGCAAUAUCCUUUAUUUUUAUACAUGUGUAAGAUGCUAUACCUUUAUUAUGUUAGUUGCAGCUGUUUCUAAUUAGUAACAUUGCCAAUUUGUAUGUAACUACAGUAUUAUUACUAUAUUACAAAUACUGUACUUAAUUGGCAACACUGGAGAAGCUCUUGCAGUCUAUGACAUAAAUUUAAAGAUGGCUACAGAUUCAAGGAGAGAUGCUCAGUUUUGUUGAACUUUGUGUAGGAAGGUACAAGCAAGCAAGCUUGUGUUGUGUUCAGCUAUAAUCCUUGUUUUCACCGAGUAAUAGCAAACUUUUUACUUUAUUUAAACAGAUGCUAAAGCAGUCUUUAUGCAUGCAAAAACUUUAUGCAAUCUUGUAUACACUUCGUCAGCAACUUUCCUAAUGUCAAUGUUCCUUUGUUAUUGUAGUUGCCUCCCCACAGUUCUCUCAUUGCCCUGGCUAUGGGGGCUAACAUUGGCUGUUUCUUGUCCAUAGCAAGUUUAAGAUUGAGUUUUGCUGGGUUCUGAGCCAUAUUGGUAUUACCUUGAAUGAACUUGUGGACAUUGCUGCUAAGGAGGCUAUCCACACUUGUCCUAUUUCAAAAAAAGGCAUUCCCUAUUCAGACUUCUACCCGCUCAUUCAUUCCUCAAUUCACAAGUCUUGGCAGGGUCGCUGGUCUGAGGUUACAGGUAACAAACUGCGCACUCUCAAAAGUAACAUAUCCACCUGGCCUUCCUCCUGCCACCAUAAUAGAUGCUGGGAAGUGGCUUUGGUUAGAUUGCAUAUUGGCCAUACACGCUUAACUCUUGGACAUUUAAUGGAGUACAGCCCUGCUCCUUACUAUCAUAAGUGCAUUAUCCCACUUACAGUUGUGCACCUUCUUGUGGAAUGUCCCAAUUUUCAGGACAAUCUUAUGUCUUUCUUUCCUAAUAUUCUUUGACAAAGUCCUUUGUGAAUCUGAGACCUUUGAUAUUACUCGCCUCGGGUACUUUUCUUCUCAUAUUGGCAUCCUCUGUGAUAUUUAGUGUAUAUUGAAUAUCCAGCGACAUGAUGGUGAUACAUAGUCUCCCGGCUUGGUGCCUUCCUUUGAUAAUUAAUUAAUCUCACAUUUAAUAGUUUCUCCAAUAUGUUGCCAAAAUGAGCCUUUUUAAUAAUAAAUUCAUACACAUUUCACCAAAUUAGCAUAUAAAAUGCAGUGUGGCCACCACCUAAUUAUCCAAAUCAUUUGGUACCUCUGGCUGUUCAGAAACUUGAAUUCGGGAUAAUUGAAGAAAUAUAGUACUGAAUAUGGUUGGCAUCAGCCAUUUUUUUCUCACCCACACCAAUAAACUUUUUAACUCUUUUUUUCCCUGUUUUCUUAAUCAAUUCUUGGGUUAAUAAGCAUUCAGUUUCUCCAGUUUUCCACUUUUGUUUAGGUGAGAUAGCUUGGGUUGGUUUACUUUGCUCAAAACAUUAUGAAAGCAUUACCUAGUACAGUACUCAGUUACUGCUAUUGUGAACAAUGGCCACCAACGCUCCCUCACUUAAUAUAGCUACAAUCACAUUUAUAAUGAUUUUUGUAGUUAUAUGAAACAUUAGUAGAAAGAAAUAGGCACAGUACACAUGUAAUAUAUUUUUCCCUUUAAGAAAAUUGCAUUAAAUAAAGGCCCACUACGGUAUUGCCAAAUAGAAAAUUUUCCCUAUUUUAGCAGGAAAAUACACUGUACAACCUAGCAGGCGAUGAGUCACAAUAACGUGGCUAAAGUAAGUUGAUCAGACCACACACUAGAAGGUGAAGGGACGACGACGUUUCGAUCGGUCCUGGACCAUUCUCAAGUCAAUCGACUUGAGAAUGAUUCAGGACGGACCGAAAUGUCGUCGUCCCUUCACCUUAUAGUGUGGGGUCUGGUCAACUGUACAACCUAUACAUACAGAUUUUAAAAAGCAAUUAUUAUUUAUAAUACAGUAUUAAAUAUUAUCUUUAUUUGGUUAUUAAUGUAAUUUUGUGUUACAGUACAGUAGUUACAGCAUAGGUUGCCAUAUUUUGUUCAGUAACCCAAUGGCAAAACCCAGUAAUGCAAAGUUCUCUUCAACUGGAGCAGUCAAGCACUUGAACUCCAAUUUAUUUCUGUUCUUCAUUUGGCAGAAAAAGUUAGUCAGGAAUUCAAACUUAUUAGGGAAUCUUGUUCACUAGAAAUCGCAGUAAUUUGAUUUUAUCUUUGUUACAAAGUGAUGCACUCAAACUUAUAUUUAUUUGGGUUAAAAGAUAAAAAAAACUUGAACUUGAAUUCAUUCUCAUUACUGAGAAAUUCGGGUUACUGCAAUCUGAGUUGUAGAGCUCUUAUAGUACUUUUAACUGUUAUGUUAAACACACAUGAUGCUAAAAUGUCUGGCAAGCUUAAUGCUUUCUUUUGAUUAUUACUUUUUUUAUAGUCAAACUAUUUCUGAGGUGUACAAUUUAAGUGGCCUUAGAGACUGUAGGUCACGGUGACCCCUUACUUUGGGUUAUACCUUAGCACCCUAGGAUUAUUCCACACAUUUGAUGGUGCUACAUAGCCUUCCCAGCUUGGUGCUUCCGGGGCUUAGUGUCCCCGCGGCCCGGUCGUCGACCAGGCCUGCCUUCUUUUGAUAAUUACAUAUUUACUAAGCACUUCCUUAACAAACCAUCCUAUCUUUUAAGUUGAAUUAAAAUCAGAAAUGGUCUUUAUUGUGAGUUUGUCACUUGAAUAGUGAGCCCCCUGUUAUGCAACUAAUAAAUGUCAGGCGAGAACAUGUUUGAGAUGACCGUUAAUCGAAAUGCAGUUUAAAGUGUUGACAAUUCUUAGGGAAUUUGCUAUGCAACAUUUCAAUUUUUUUUAUAUGAAUACAUAUAAUUUUGGAUUUAAAAUGUUGAAUAUAUAUUUGAAUACAUCUGAAGAAUUAUUUUGUUUUAUUAAACCUCCAAUGGUGGUAAUGUGUUUUUCAUUAUUGGUAACUAAUUCAUAUAUCCAGUGAAGUGCCAAAUUAUUAAUCAACAGAACAUUUGUUUGCUGUUUUUUAUUCAAAUUUUAAUGCAAGCAUAAAAGCAUUAGAGAUUGAUUCAUUACAACUUUUAAUAUAGAGCAAGUACUCUUAAGUACUCUAAAGCUAAAGAAAAAGUUUGACCUCUUAACCUUGUUAAAUUUAUAAAAUAUUUUUGAUAUAGUGCAUGUAGUUAAGUAUCAUAUUUUAUCUAGCUACUGUACUUUGCAUAUAUAUAUAUAUAUAUAUACUUGAUUUUUCAUAUCUGUUAUAGGUAUGGUUAGACCUGUUUAUAUGUGUGCAGUAAACAUUUUGAUUUGCAUACCUAAUAUACUGAUACUUAAUGCUUUCUAAGGUAUUGUAAUUGCUUCUAAGAUGAACAGAACUCUGAUUCAAACUAGUAGUUCCCAUUGUAUGAUGGUUAGCAUUGGUUUAGCAACAGAGCUCUAGUUGAGUAGAAUAAACUGCCAAGUUGUAUUUGUGAAGUGAACACGCAGGAAAUACUGUAUUUAAAAACAACAUUAACACACAAAAGUGAAAAUUGUUAUGGAUUAAAUGUGACCUACCAUGCGUUAAUCUGUUCGCAUGUUCCAGUGUUCCUCAUUCAUGUGUUGGAAGAUGAUUCCACCCAUACACAGCUGUAUGUAAAUAAUACUAGUCCAUCUAGGAUCAAGUCAAGGACGUCUGAUUAAUUGUUAGGUGCCUUACAUAGUUAUAAAUAAAUAAAUAAAUGUUUAUUCAGGUAAGGUACAUACAUACAAGAGGUUUUAUAAAAAUUGAUAGAUUUAUAGAUAGAGCUAGUACUGUACAUACAAUGCCUAAAGCCACUAUUACGCAAAGCGUUUCGGGCAGGACAUAAUUCUUUUUAGUGCUCAAUUUAUUAUAAAUUUAUUAAAUUGCUCAAUUUAUAUAGUCAUAUAAAUUACUCGGACACACUCGGAUCAAGACAUGUAUUACUUAAUUGAAACUUGUUUUUUUUGUGCUCCUGCUACUGUUUAUGUAGCUAAUUAAAUUAAAAUAUAAUCAAUUAAAUUAUAUUUUUAAAUUUUGUAUUGCUUGCAGUUGCAUAUUUAGAUUUACUUAUGUGUCGUGGUUCUAAUCUGCAUGCAGAUGAAAAUUAUUAUUGUCAUUUGAUGGAUAUUUAACAGCAUUAUAUCUAACAAAAACUAUGUACCAAGUUGAUUGUAGGAGUAAGAGAACUUGUUACAUUGCUGGACAUAAAUAACUUCUUCUGAAACAACUUUAGGAUAUGUUUAGGGAUUCACCCAAGAUUCCCUAAGUAGGAUUUUGAAAGUGUAGUACUACAAGUAUCUAACAUCUAUGAAUGGUUUCCAGGGCAGCUACAUAAAUCCAAGUUUGGUGAAGAACUGCUUUAGUAACUACAGUAAAUCAUUCAUCAUUGUAGAUAUAUCACCAAAGAUGAAAAUGAAAAGCAAUCUUGAGUGAAUCAUAUGACAGCCUACCAUCGAAAUGGAACAGUUCCAGCGAUCCCACAUGGUAGCUCAAACAGCUUCUGUGCCAACUGUACCAACAUCCACCAUGAAUGCUUAUAGCUACGGUGGUUUAGAGGAAUUCAUUUUGCCUGGCCCUGUACAUGUUGAACUUGGGAGCAAUGUUGCAAGGCAAAUCAGUCAACAUAUUCAACAUGUUCAUUUUACAAAUGUAGCACAAAUGCAACCAGUGCAGCUAACAGCAACUUCUACUACUCCAACUCCAAGAUCUUCAGAGAGUCCAGCACCAGUUUUAGGAACUCAAGUAGGAACUUCUGACGAGUCUCUAAGACAUCCUAAACCAUCACCAAGACCUCGUGUUCGUAGUGGUACUGGAGAACGUGUGGUGUGCUCUGAUUGUGGAAAGUCUUUAGCAUGUGGAGCAAAUCUUACUGAGCAUAUGCGUACACAUACUGGGGAACGUCCUUUUGAAUGUGAUGAAUGUGGAGCUUCCUUUGCUGCCAAAUCUAAUUUAAGAACUCAUAAACGAUUACACACUGGUGAAAGGCCUUACAUGUGUGGUGUUUGUGGUAAAACAUUUUCUCAGAGUUCUCACCUCCCUAGCCAUAUGAGAGUGCAUACAAGAGAAAGACCAUACCAGUGUCCGGAAUGCCCUAAAUCUUUCUCUUCAAGUACUACCUUAAGAAAUCAUCUUCGCAUUCAUAAGGGUGAUUGUCCAUUCAAGUGUGAGUUUUGUGGAAGAGGAUUUGUUUGUAAAUCAUGGUUACAAGACCAUUACAAGGUUCAUACUGGAGAAAAGCCUUUUCAGUGUGAUAUUUGUUUUAAGUGGUUUAAAGAUAAAUCAUACAUAACCAAACAUAAAAUGAAAUAUUGUGGUAAUGAUGGCUAUAAAAAGCGUUGGAGAAAACCUGGUGUUAAAAAACCACCGGGUAGGAAACCAGGUGGAUUAGUAAAGCCAAAAGUUUUUGAAGAAGAUUAUCCUGAUCAUCGUAAACGACCAAGGGGACGACCCAAGGGGUCAAAAAAUAAGAGAGGUAGAAAAAGAAAACCAAAAGUAGUACGUAAAAAAAGACACAACGCAGCCACGGAUUCUGAUGCAGAGUUUGAAGAAAUGUUAAAGGAGCACGAAUCAGAUAGAUUAGAAUUAACCAAAAUGGAAGAAGCUUCCAGUAAUCCUGGGGACGGUAAUCCUUUAGAAUUACUUGAGCAACCUCAUCAGGAGCACCACCAUGAGUAUGAGUACCAUCAACAGUUACAAUUUGAAGCCCAAGAACAUCAGUCACCAUCAGAAACUCAUUCUAGCAAGCCAACUGAUUCUCUCUCAAUGCCCCACAUUCCUAUUGUACAGCUCCAUGUUGCUAUUCCCCAUGCCUCAUUACAAACUCAUGUUCAGCAAAGUCAUAUUCAUCAAUCACUUUCCCAGCCACAAAACUUAGUUCAACCUCAAAAUCUUACUCAGUCUCAAAAUCUAAUUCAACCCCAAAACCUUAUCCAACCCCAGAAUCUUGUACAACCUCAAAAUCUUGUUCAGUCCCAAAAUCUUGUGCAACCUCAAAAUCUUGUUCAGCCUCAAAAUCUUGUCCAACCCCAAAAUCUUGUGCAACCUCAAAAUCUUGUUCAGCCUCAAAAUCUUGUCCAACCUCAAAAUCUGUCUCAAGGCCAAAAUCUGAACCAACCUCAGAAUCUCUCUCAACCACAAAAUCAUUCUCAACCACACAAUCUAUCCUUGACACAAAGUUUAUCACAACCACAAAAUUUAUCCCUUGCCCCUAAACUUGUUCAGUCUCAAAGAAUCCAUCAGCCUCAAAAUCUGUCUCAGCCCCAGAAUCUUUCUCAGGCACAGAAUUUAUCACAGCCUCAAAAUCUUUCUCAACCCCAUAAUUUAUCGCAGACUCAAAGAAUUCCCCAACCUCAGAAUCUCUCUCUCUCCCCAAAUUUGUCACAGUCAUCAAGUUUGGCCCAACCACAGAACUUAUCUCAACCCCAAAAUUUGUCCCAAAAUGAUAAUAUAUCUCAGCCUCAAAAUCUUUCACAGCCACAAAAUUUAUCGCAGCCUCAGAAUUUAAGCCAAGCUCAUCUUUCACUUCAAGAGCAUCUGACGCAACUUGGGCAGUCUCACCAGACAAUACAUAUGGUUUAUUAUAAUUCAUGAAAAAUAUUAUUUUUUGUUAAAUGUAAGAUUAUGGUAAAAUCUUUGCAUAAUAUAGAAUUCUAUAUUCCAGAUUAUAGAAGAGCAGUAUCAAUAUUUUUUAUGUAGGAAAUCAUGUGUGUAAAGCAGUAUUAUCAUUUGUAUAAGUGUAAAAGUUAUGUAAACAAGAACAUACAGUAUAUAAUGUUUUAGUAUUGACAGUAAUAAUGACAAGAUUUGAUAUUUAUAUGAAGAGGACUGAAGUUGUUGACUGUGAAGCAACUUAAAAAAUAACCAGUACUUUAAUACUAUUUUGUUUUUCAUUACAAAUUAAUCAUUUUUUUUUUUUUGUAGCAGGAUUACUUUGAAAAAAGUUGUAAAUACAGUACGCUAAUGAUUUACAUUAAAGCUUUCUCAGAUCAGGGAGGGGCAAGAAGGAUCUUCCACGACCACUACAAUUCCAUACUACUGUAUUUAUGUUCUCAACCCAACACCAUCAUCAAAACAAAUUACUGUAUGUGACAUUCUACAUCAGAUGAAACUUUCUUUUAUAAAUGUUGACCAGACCACACACUAGAAAUUGAAGGGACGACGACGUUUCUUGUCGUUUCUUUUAUAAAUUUUUCCUUCCUUACCCAAAUAUAAUCCAUUGCAUAUACUGUAUAUAUAGAUAUAUUUUUAAUUGCAGGCAUCCUGUUGUUACAUGUCUGCCACUAUAUAUAUGAUGCCUUGUUUAAAAAGAUGAUGCACAAAUCAAAAUGUUCUAAACGGCCUCAUUUUCUGCAAAUCGGGGGAUUUUUAUGUGAGACAACUAAAUACAAAAUUCAAGAUGCUCGUGAACAUUGAUAAAACAUUGUUCUAACAUUGAUAAAACAUUGGCCUACCAUUGAUAAAACCAGGUCAAACUUAAUUAGUAAUUAAUGUAUCAGUGCACAGUAUAUUAAUAUAAUUAACUGCAGACUGAUUUCUACAGGAAAAUACUUUAGUUAUUAGGCACAGGUGGCCUUGUAUACUGGGCCUAGAUGUGCAGUUUUGGCUAUUAGAUAUGAAACAUGUACCAGGUACUUACCUAAUUACAUUCAUGCCUAUAAUGUACAUAAGAAAGUCAGAUGGCAAUCGUAAUGCAGAGUUGCCAUGUAAAUACGACCACGAAUUUAAUCGAUACAUUUAUAGAAGUCCUCACAUAAAUUAUUUUGCUUGGCAAGUCCAUCUCUGUGACAGUAUAGUGCUUGUGUGCAAUCAAAUAAGGUCAACCAGUAUAAAUUUUCAUGUUUGUUUCAUCCACAAACAUUCUACCUAAUUGAAUAGUUUUUUUAUUUUUGCAUAAUUCAAACCUGGUAUGCAUAGUUCUUUAUAUAUAUAUACAGUCAGUAUUAAAGUAAAUGUUUAAUCCCACUCAAACCUACAGGACCUUAUUGGGUACUCCUGGUAGGGAUACUUUAUUGUUUUCACAGGAUUAUUACUAUUCUAUUUAUUUAUUUUUCUUUGGUGUCUGUAUUGUCUAGAUAACACCUUUGAGUAUUGGCUUCAUAUUUUCAGCACCCAUGAAAGAUGGUAAAUUAAAAGUUCCUAUUGGUGUUGGCCACAUAGCCCACUGGUGACAGAUUAGAAACAUUUUAUCUCAGUACCAAGGUAACGCAGCACCCUAUACUCAUUACCUCACUUUGUACCCAUUACACCAUUCUGUACCUAUUACACCUGUUAAUCAUUACACCAUCCUGUAAUUACCCCACCAUAUAAUCAUUACCCGACCCUGUUAUCAUUACCCAACCCUAUAAUCAUUACCCAACCCUGUUAUCAUUACCCAACCCUAUAAUCAUUACCCAACCCUGUUAGCAUUACCCAACCUUAUAAUCAUUACCCAACCCUAUAAUCAUUACCCAACCCUAUAAUCAUUACCCAACCCUGUAGUCAUUGCCCAACCCUGAAGUCAUUACCCAACCCUAUAAUCAUUACCCAACCAUGUUAUCAUUACCCAACCCUGUACUCAUUGCACACUCUGUACUCAUAUAACCACCCCUGCUUACAUCAUAAGAUGUGCUGGCACGAGGAGACCUUUCUCAAUCACCCCUCAUGUAAUUGAACCAUUUCUAGUUACCAUUUCUUAAGUUAAUGAAUGACAUGGUUUGAAAUGGUUAUAGUACAAUAUACUUAUUGUUUAUUUUGGUGACAUAAUUAUUGUAAAAAUAUCCUAAGUGCUGGUAAUUUAGUUUAGAAACUGUAUAAAAAAAGCAUUUCAACAUAUUUCAGUGAGGAUAUAGGCAAUAUUCAUUAUUAAUGUGAUAUAUAAGAUUGGAUUUGUAAUUUUGUGGCUUGAUAAAAUCUACACUCUGAAGUGAAUUAUACACCUGAUUACAGAUAUUAGUUUUUAUAUUGGUACAGUACCUUAUAAAUGUUAAGAGUAAUGGAUACUGAAAUCCUGUUUUCAGUGUCAAUGACCAUGUAAAGAUUUAUAAUAAAGUUCUUAAAAACUUAA